CAAUUCCUCUGCUUGUCUUCAUUUCUUUUUUCAUUGCAAACACCAGCACAUGGCCAUAAUCCCACUUCUCUGCUAUCCCUCCUCUGUUCUUUUCUGAACAGAAUUCCUCUCAAUCUUCCUCUUCCAAAAAAAAAUAUAAAUAAAAAGAAAAGAAAAGAAAAAAGAAAAACUCUCCCCCCCCCCCCCUCUCUCUCUCUCAUAACAUAAGACAAAACACAGAGUAGUUAAAAGGCAGUUCAUCAACGAAGAACCAAACUUUGCAAACAUGCAUCUCCCUUUUCCAUACUGAAUUCUAACAGGGUUCUGUUGAAGAAGAUGCAUACCUACUCCUGUCAAACAAAGUCUAUCUCGGCUAGCUGACAAGUUCUUUCCAUUUUUACCUCUGUUAAGGCGGUGGAAAGUGAUUAUUGACCCAUUGGAUACGCAUUUUGUGACACUCUACUCCACUAUAAAUAAAGCUGUCUUCUUUAUUUUCUUUUCUAUAUUUUUUUUCCCGAGAAAGUGAUGGAAAUGGCGUAUAAUCCAAAGGUGACUAUGGAUUCGUCUGGUGGAGAUGGUGGAUUGCUCUUAGAAGAAACCAUGGAAGCACAAAAACUCACUGUUUUGGAUCGUAUAGAUGGAUUUCAAUACACAAAGGAGAAAUCAGAUAGCUUUGUUAUUGACAUGGAAAGUUUCUCUCAUGGCAUCAAUAAAGAUAUCAAUACAAAUCAAAGAAUCACAUUGCAGAGGAACCUUUCAAGAAAAGGGUCACCACGGGGCGGUGGUGGCGGCGGCGAGAAGAAGAUUCAUUCUAAUCUCUCUCAUCUUUGUGAUAAAGAGGCUAUUGUUGCUUCAGCUUCGCCCAGAGGGCCUAGCACGCCUGAAAAGGCUGCGGUGGUAACGGUGGGGACCCCAGAUCAUUCCAGUAGCCCACAAGUUCAUCAUCAAAUCACUAUCACGACCGGCAGCAUCAAUGGCACCCCAGAAGGCAGAUGCAUUAGGAGAAACAGUUUCAAGCGCGCAUCACCUUCCUGGGUCCUUGAUCCCAAAAGGGUUCUUUUCUUCUUUGCCACACUGUCGAGUAUGGGAACAAUGUUGCUGAUAUACCUCACUCUUUCAAUUGGGAAGCUCAAAACAGAUUGAUAAUUCCCUUGAUUGAAACCAGCAACAAUAUCAUGCACCAUAUUCCAUAAGGAGGAAAUAACUGUAGUGUACACAAGGAGCAUGAUGUUCGACUGAAACAGAGAUGAAUGUAAUUAGAUGAUGAUGAGGGUCCCUUUUGCAAGAAUAGGCUUCUUUACAAUGGGGGUUUGCCGCAUAGUAGAAAGAAUGACAGAAGAUAAGGUGAUGGCGAACACUAACCGAAGACCUUCCCUAACCACGGCUUCUACUUUCUUCAGCGCUCAACGUUUUUCAGGGCCUCACUAAGAUCUUACAGAUGAAGACAAGAGCAAAUAAUGAUGUGACAAGCAGAAGAAUCUUCUUUAAAGAAUACAGGGAAGAUAAACAUGAUGCGUUACUCUUAUGCAACCCUACACAGCUUAAUGGAGGGCAGGGUCAGAUAGUUACUAUAGCUUUCUUGUACCUUUAUUUUGCCGACCCAUGCCUUCUUAUUGUGUUUCCUCUCUUGGAAAAUCCCACUUGGAUUGCCUUUUUGUUAUACAUGGCUUUCAUGUGAGUGAAACAAGAUCAAGACAGCAAACAACCGUAAGGUUUAAGUUAAUAAGACAUUUUAUGUGCUCGGAA